AUGAGGGCCCCCAAGCCGUCAGCAACUGCUGCUGCUGCUGCCUCCACCACCACCGUAGGAGGCGGCCCUGCAGCAGCAGCAGCAGCAGCAGCACGAACAACAACAGCAGCAUUAGCAGCAACAGCAGCAGCAGCGCCUUGCAGCAGCCAACUCGUGCUGCUACAUGCCCUAGGCGCAUUACCAACAAACAUGCCAGCAGCAACAGCAACGGGACACCACGAGCAGCAACAGCAGCAGCAACAGCAGCAGCAACAGCAGCAGCAACAGCAGCAGCAACAGCAGCAGCAAACAGCAGCAAGAACAACAGCAUCAGCAUGA